AUGAUAGGGGUGGUCGAGGCUGACAGGCAGGCCACUCGUUUGCGGGGCAUUGAGACGACCACCAUGAUCGUAGCACCACCACGACUACUACCACAACAACCACCACCACCUUCGGACGAGUCAGCAGAGGCAUUGCUAGUGCUGGUCACAUGGCGCGGCCGACCGUUGUUGGGAUGCAAUGUUGCCUUUAUCGUUGUUGUAGAAGACUACCAGCACCGUUUCUGCGGCCGCCGCCGCCGCACGCUACAGAAACAGCAAAUUGCUUCGGCUCUGGUUUUGACUUCCCGCGGCAUACUUGGGAGGUGUUGA